AUGGGUGACAUAUUAAUAGCCAUUGUUUGUAUGCCGCCUGCUUCUGGUGUUUCUGCGACGGAAAUAAAAUCAAACAUGAACAAAGGACCGAGUUUUGGAAAUGUAAGAAAUGGAAAUAGACUGAAGGUCUCCUUGAAGGAGAAUUUGCCGGAGAGGGUGCAAUAUUCUCGGAGUGACGGUAUUGCGGUGAUCAUUGGGUUGUUGGAUGAAAGCUUGUUCCAAGGUUUGGAUCUACACAAUGCAAUUUUCUCAGUGAGGUUCUUACUUGUUGGUCCUGGGCCUAGAGGAGCAAUGCAUCUUUUAAGAACGUUGAGUUAUAAUGUGAUUGCGGAGAUUCUUGGGUUGGAGGGAGCUCCAAAUAAUGGACUGAUCCAUUUGCAGAAUCCAUUCUUUUGCCAGAUGAUUGAGAUUAUGUGUAGAUGA